CAUGAUCCUUCAUCAGAACGCGCUUUUGCCAAUCUCUCGCGAUAUUCCGGCCUCUUCCCAGGCCGACGUUGACUGAGACAUUGGCCAUGUUCAGUACCAGCGCCAAAAUCGUGAAGCCCAACGGCGAAAAGCCUGAUGAAUUCGAAUCUGGCAUUUCCCAGGCCCUCCUUGAGUUGGAGAUGAACUCUGACUUGAAGGCUCAGCUGAGGGAGCUGAAUAUCACUGCGGCUAAGGAAAUUGAGGUCGCUGGGAACAGAAAAGCCAUCAUCAUCUUCGUGCCUGUGCCCCAGCUGAAGUCCUUCCAAAAGAUCCAGGUCCGGCUUGUCCGAGAGUUGGAGAAGAAAUUCAGUGGCAAGCAUGUGGUCUUCAUUGCACAGAGGAGGAUUCUGCCCAAACCCACAAGGAAAAGCCGCACGAAGAACAAGCAGAAACGUCCCAGGAGUCGCACACUGACUGCUGUGCACGACGCUAUCCUUGAAGACCUGGUCUUCCCCAGCGAAAUCGUUGGCAAGAGGAUCCGUGUGAAACUGGACAGCAGUAGGCUCAUCAAGGUCCACCUCGACAAGGCGCAACAAAACAAUGUUGAACACAAAGUCGAGACCUUCUCCGGUGUCUACAAGAAGCUCACAGGCAAAGAUGUUGUAUUUGAAUUCCCGGAAUUCCAACUGUAAAGUGAAAAUGACACAAUAAAUUUGUUUACUGUCAUUUACA